AUGGCGACGUCCGAUUCCAAAGCCCCUCUUCGUUCUGUGAAGAGGGUUCAAUUUGGAAUACUUUCUCCAGAUGAAAUACGUCGCAUGUCAGUUACUGAUGGAGGGAUCAAAUAUCCUGAAACAUAUGAAGGUGGUCGCCCAAAAAUUGGGGGUCUUAUGGAUCCCCGUCAAGGAGUCGUUGACAGAAUGUCUCGAUGUCAGACUUGUGCGGGAAACAUGACAGAGUGUCCAGGUCAUUUUGGGCACAUAGAUUUAGCAAAACCAGUCUUUCAUGUUGGUUUUUUAACAAAAACUAUUAAAAUACUACGUUGUGUUUGUUUUUUUUGCUCAAAACUAUUAGUUAGUCCGAAUAAUGCAAAAAUUAAAGAAAUUGUGACGAAAUCUAGAGGUCAACCUAGAAAAAGAUUAACUUUUGUAUAUGAUCUUUGUAAAGGAAAAAAUAUAUGUGAAGGUGGUGAUGAAAUGGACAUUACCAAAGAUAAUGCUGAUAAUCCUGAUAACAGCAAAGAUAAAAAAGGUGGUCAUGGGGGUUGUGGAAGAUAUCAGCCUAACAUUAGAAGAACUGGAUUAGAUCUCACUGCUGAAUGGAAACACACAAAUGAAGAUAAUCAAGAAAAAAAAAUUGCAUUAAGUGCUGAAAGAGUAUGGGAAAUAUUAAAACACAUAACAGAUGAAGAGUGUUUGAUUUUGGGUAUGGACCCUAAAUUUGCUAGGCCGGAUUGGAUGCUAGUAACUGUUCUGCCAGUUCCUCCACUGAGUGUCAGACCUGCUGUUGUUAUGUAUGGUUCGGCUAGAAAUCAAGACGAUUUAACACAUAAGUUAGCAGAUAUUAUCAAAGCAAAUAAUGAAUUAAUUCGUAAUGAACAAGCCGGUGCUGCCGCACAUAUAAUAUCUGAAAAUAUAAAAAUGUUGCAAUUUCAUGUUGCCACACUUGUGGACAAUGACAUGCCAGGAAUGCCAAGAGCAAUGCAAAAGUCAGGCAAACCUCUUAAAGCAUUAAAAGCCAGAUUAAAGGGUAAAGAAGGAAGAAUUCGUGGCAAUUUAAUGGGAAAGCGUGUUGACUUUUCAGCUCGAACAGUAAUUACACCUGAUCCAAAUUUGAGAAUUGAUCAGGUAGGAGUACCAAGAUCGAUUGCUCAAAACCUUACAUUUCCAGAAAUUAUAACUCCUUUUAAUAUUGAUAAAAUGCAAGAACUGGUCAGAAGAGGAAAUUCACAAUAUCCCGGAGCAAAAUAUAUUAUAAGGGAUAAUGGAGAAAGAAUUGAUUUGAGAUUUCAUCCAAGACCUAGUGAUUUGCAUCUUCAAUGUGGAUAUAAAGUUGAAAGGCAUAUUCGAGAUGGAGAUUUAGUAAUUUUUAAUCGUCAACCCACACUUCACAAAAUGAGUAUGAUGGGUCACAGAGUUAAAGUUUUACCUUGGUCAACAUUUCGUAUGAAUUUAAGUUGUACUUCUCCUUAUAAUGCUGAUUUCGAUGGUGAUGAAAUGAAUCUUCACGUUCCUCAAUCCAUGGAAACAAGAGCAGAAGUGGAAAAUCUUCAUGUCACGCCCAGGCAAAUUAUAACUCCUCAAGCAAAUAAACCGGUUAUGGGUAUAGUGCAAGAUACACUUACUGCAGUCAGAAAGAUGACAAAAAGAGAUGUUUUUUUGGAAAAAGAGCAAAUGAUGAAUAUUUUGAUGUUCUUGCCCAUUUGGGAUGGGAAAAUGCCCCAACCUGCUAUACUUAAACCGAAACCAUUGUGGACCGGAAAGCAAGUAUUUUCAUUGAUAAUUCCGGGUAAUGUAAAUAUGAUACGAACGCAUUCCACUCAUCCUGAUGAAGAAGAUGAUGGUCCGUACAAUUGUUGUGGAGCACGGAGAACUUAUUAUGGGAAUUUUGUGCAAAAGACUUUGGGAACAUCCGCCGGCUCUUUACUUCACAUAUGUAUGCUGGAAUUAGGACAUGAAGUUUGUGGCCAGUUUUACGGAAAUAUCCAAACAGUUAUUAAUAAUUGGCUUCUAUUGGAAGGACACUCAAUCGGUAUUGGUGAUACAAUCGCUGAUCCUCAAACGUACUUGGAAAUCCAGAAAGCUAUAAAAAAAGCUAAAGAAGACGUCAUAGAAGUAAUUCAAAAAGCUCACAAUAUGGAACUGGAACCUACUCCUGGUAAUACUUUACGGCAAACUUUUGAAAAUCAAGUGAACAGAAUUUUGAACGAUGCUCGAGACAAAACUGGAGGUUCUGCCAAAAAAUCUUUAACUGAGUACAACAAUUUAAAAGCCAUGGUGGUGUCAGGAUCCAAAGGAUCAAAUAUUAACAUUUCGCAGGUUAUUGCUUGUGUUGGUCAGCAAAACGUAGAAGGGAAACGAAUACCGUUCGGUUUCAGGAAGAGAACUCUACCACAUUUUAUAAAAGAUGAUUAUGGUCCCGAAUCUAGAGGUUUUGUAGAAAAUUCGUAUUUGGCUGGAUUGACUCCUUCAGAGUUUUUUUUUCACGCCAUGGGAGGUCGUGAAGGUUUAAUCGAUACAGCUGUAAAAACUGCUGAAACUGGAUAUAUUCAGCGUAGGUUAAUAAAAGCUAUGGAAUCUGUUAUGGUUCAUUAUGAUGGAACUGUUCGUAAUUCUGUCGGUCAGCUGAUUCAGUUACGAUAUGGAGAAGACGGUUUAUGUGGUGAAACUGUAGAAUUUCAGACAUUACCUACAAUUAAAUUGUCUAAUAAAGCGUUUGAAAAACGUUUCCGCUUUGAUGCGACGAACGAAAGAUAUUUAAGAAGAAUAUUUAAUGAAAAUAUACUUAAAGAGUUAAUGGGUUCGGGAGAAGUGAUAUCAUACCUUGAAAAAGAAUGGGAUCAGUUGCAGAAAGAUCGUGAAGCUCUUAGGCAAAUAUUUCCGAGUGGUGAAAAUAAAGUAGUAUUGCCCUGUAACUUGCAAAGAAUGAUUUGGAAUGUACAAAAGAUUUUCCAUAUUAAUAAGCGAGCUCCAACUGACUUAAGUCCUCUCAGAGUAAUUGAAGGUGUUCGAGAUUUGCUACAAAAGUGCGUUAUAGUUGCCGGAGAAGAUCAUUUAAGUAAGCAAGCCAAUGAAAAUGCCACUCUUUUAUUUCAAUGCCUAGUUCGGUCUACUUUGUGUACUAAAUGUGUAUCUGAAGAUAUGAGAUUAUCUACCGAAGCCUUUGAAUGGUUAAUUGGAGAAAUCGAAACUAGAUUCCAGCAGGCACAAUGCGCUCCGGGAGAAAUGGUAGGAGCUUUAGCUGCUCAAUCACUUGGUGAACCAGCCACACAAAUGACUUUAAAUACUUUCCACUUUGCUGGGGUUUCUUCGAAAAACGUAACCCUUGGUGUACCUAGGUUAAAAGAAAUAAUUAACAUCAGUAAAAAGCCUAAAGCUCCCUCUUUGACUGUUUUCCUUACUGGUGCAGCCGCUAGAGAUGCUGAAAAAGCAAAAAACGUUUUGUGCCGUUUAGAACACACUACAUUACGAAAAGUAACUGCAAACACGGCAAUAUACUACGAUCCCGAUCCACAAAACACUGUCAUUGAAGAGGAUCAAGAAUUUGUUACAGUUUAUUACGAGAUGCCUGAUUUUGAUCCCACAAGAAUAUCGCCCUGGCUUCUAAGAAUAGAACUUGAUAGAAAAAGAAUGACUGAUAAAAAAUUAACAAUGGAACAAAUUGCGGAAAAAAUAAAUGCUGGUUUUGGAGAUGAUUUAAAUUGUAUUUUCAAUGAUGAUAAUGCUGAAAAAUUAGUGCUUAGAUUAAGAAUCAUGAAUAACGACGAGAAGGUCACAGAUGAAGAAGAAAAUCAAGAUAAAAUGGAAGAUGAUAUGUUUUUAAGGUGCAUAGAAGCCAAUAUGUUAUCUGAUAUGACUUUGCAGGGAAUCGAAGCAAUUGGCAAAGUUUAUAUGCACUUGCCUCAAAAUGAUUCAAAAAAAAGAAUUGUAAUAACCGAAACAGGUGAAUUCAAGGCAAUCGCGGAAUGGUUGCUUGAAACUGAUGGAACAAGUUUAAUGAAAGUCCUUAGCGAAAGAGACGUGGAUCCGGUUAGAACAUAUUCUAAUGAUAUUUGUGAAAUAUUCUCCGUAUUGGGUAUAGAAGCAGUACGAAAAUCUGUGGAAAAAGAAAUGAAUCAAGUUCUUCAGUUUUACGGGCUCUACGUAAAUUAUCGUCAUCUUGCACUUUUAUGUGACGUCAUGACAGCAAAGGGUCACUUGAUGGCAAUUACUCGUCAUGGAAUUAAUCGACAAGAUACAGGAGCAUUGAUGAGGUGUUCCUUUGAAGAAACUGUUGAUGUUCUUAUGGAUGCAGCUUCCCACGCUGAAUUAGAUCCUAUGAGAGGAGUUUCGGAAAAUAUUAUCAUGGGACAACUACCUCGAAUGGGAACUGACAAAUGUAAAGCGGGUAUUGAAAUUCCCAUGUCUAUUGGUCACGGUAUGAUGUCAAGCGUAGGAAUGAUGUUUGGAAAUGCUGUUACACCGUCUAUGAGUCCUCAAAUGACACCUUGGAAUCAAGGAGAAACCCCUGCAUAUGUAAGUGCUUGGUCCCCACAUGCAGGUAGUGGAAUGACGCCGGGAGGACCUAGUUUUUCGCCGUCUGGUUCCAGUGAUGCCAGCGGGCUUUCGCCUGGCUACAGUCCGUGGUCUCCUCAACCAGGAAGUCCAAGUUCACCUGGUCCAUCUAAUAGUCCAUACGUACCUAGUCCUGGCGGGGGCAUGUCUCCAAGCUACUCUCCAUCCAGCCCCGCUUUUGCACCAACUUCUCCUAGUAUGACUCCGACCAGUUCAAAUUACUCUCCUACAUCUCCAUCAUAUUCUCCUUCGUCACCUAAUUAUUCGCCUAAUUCACCGAGUUAUUCCCCUACAUCUCCAAGUUAUUCUCCCACGUCUCCUAGCUACUCUCCCACAUCUCCCAGUUAUUCUCCAACAUCUCCAAGUUACUCUCCUACUUCACCUUCUUAUUCGCCUACAUCUCCCAGUUAUUCUCCUACUUCACCUUCUUAUUCGCCUACUUCUCCCAGUUAUUCUCCCACUUCGCCUUCUUAUUCUCCAACAUCUCCGAGUUAUUCCCCUACGUCUCCAUCGUAUUCUCCAACAUCCCCGAGUUAUUCACCUACAUCUCCAUCUUAUUCUCGAACGUCUCCCAGUUAUUCUCCAACUUCGCCUAGUUACUCACCAAGCUCGCCUAACUACACUCCUGCAAGUCCAAGCUUUUCACCUACUUCACCUAGUUUAUAUAGCAGUCCUAGAUAUUCACCUGCCAGUCCCAGUUACUCUCCAGGAUCGCCGAAAUAUUCUCCAACCAGUCCAAGUUAUUCUCCUACUUCCCCGAGUUAUGCAAGUGUUUCGCCACAGUACACUCCUACUUCACCUCAAUAUUCCCCCACAUCGCCAACAUACUCUCCUACAAGUCCUAGUUAUUCACCAUCUUCUCCGAGUCACACUCCGGGUGCUUCCACCAGAUAUUCGCCCACUUCACCUAAAUAUUCCCCUACUUCCCUUUCUUAUUCUCCAGCAAGUCCCCAAUAUUCUCCUUCAAGUUCUAAGUACUCUCCCACAUCACCUACUUACACUCCAACUUCUCCAGAUUAUUCAGCCAGUUCUCCAACAUACUCUCCCACAGGCCCUCCGAGUUAUUCACCUACUUCACCCACGUAUUCUCCGACAUCACCUGAAUAUGAUGAUCGCUAA